CCACCCCAAACCUUCCCUUGUCUCUCUAAAACUUCCAUAAACCUUUUAAACCCUGCAAACGGAAUCAAUUCCCACGGAAUUCCAACGCCACCAAACCUUCCCUUGUCUCUCUAAAACCUAGCCCACCAUCUCCUUCCUUCAUUCCCCACUAAACCCAGUGAAAAUUUCAGCUCAAUUGAAGGCAUGGAUGACGUUUGCGAGGGCAAGGACUUCUCUUUCCCCAACCAAGAAGAAAAAAUCCUCGAAUUCUGGGCAAGAAGUUAAAGCCUUCGAGACCCAAUUGGAAAAGAAAAGGAUUUCCUGAAUAUAUUUUCUUAUGACGGCCCCCCAUUUGCAACCGGCCUUCCCAUUACGGCCACAUUUUGGCCGGAACCAUUAAAGAUAUUGUGACCCGGUACCAGUCCGAUGACGGUAUCAUGUGACCCGGCGCGUUCGGGUGGGACUGCCAUGGGUUGCCCGUGGAGCACGAGAUUGAUUUGAAAUUGGGAUUAAGAGUCGAGAGAUGUGUUGAAAUGGGGAUUGAUAAGUAUAAUAGGAGUGUAGGAUAUCGUUUUCGAGGUAUGUGGAGGAGUGGGAGAAGACUGUGGUGAGAGUUGGGAGGUGGAUUGAUUUUAGGAAUGAUUAUAAGACUAUGGACUUGAAGUUUAUGGAGAGUGUUUGGUGGGUUUUUGCUCAAUUGUAUAACAAAGGACUUGUUUACCGAGGCUUCAAGGUUAUGCCAUACAGUACUGGCUGCAAAACUCCUCUGUCCAAUUUUGAAGCAAAUUCGAAUUAUAAGGAAGUACCUGAUCCUGAGAUAAUGGCAUCUUUUCCUUUAGCGGAUGAUGAAGAGGGUACAUCUCUUGUUGCCUGGACAACAACACCAUGGACGCUACCUAGUAAUUUGGCACUAUGCGUUAACAAGGAUUUUGUCUAUGUAAAGGUGCGCAACAAGUUCAAUGGGAAGAUUUAUGUGGUAGCAGAGUCUCGAUUAUCAGAGCUUCCUGUGGAGAAGGCAAAAAAGGGUGUACCUAAUGGACCUGUUAAUGAUUCUGAGAGCACAAAUCCUAAGACAAAGUCUUCUGGUGGGAAAGGAAAGGAUCUCGCUACUUAUGAGGUGCUGGAAAAAUUCUCAGGGAGCUCGUUGGUGGGGAAAAAAUAUGUGCCUCUGUUUGAUUACUUCAAAGACUUUUCAGAUGUAGCAUUCAAAGUUGUAGCAGAUGACUAUGUAACAGCUGACAGUGGUACUGGAAUAGUUCAUUGUGCUCCGGCAUUCGGUGAAGAUGAUUAUCGUGUUUGUAUGGAGAAUCACAUGAUUACUAAGGGUGAGAACCUGGUUGUAGCGGUUGACGACGAUGGAUGUUUUACGGAAAGGAUAACUGAUUUCAAGGGCUGCUAUGUUAAGGAUGCAGACAAGGGCAUAAUUCUGGCUGUGAAGGAAAAAGGCAGGCUUGUCAAGUCUGGAAGCUUUAUGCAUUCAUAUCCCUUCUGUUGGAGAUCUGAUACCCCCCUUAUAUAUAGAGCAGUUCCUAGCUGGUUUGUUGCUGUAGAAAAGAUAAAGGAUCAGUUGCUGGAGAACAACAAACAGACAUACUGGGUUCCAGAUUUUGUGAAGGAGAAGCGCUUUCAUAAUUGGUUAGAAAAUGCAAGAGACUGGGCAGUCAGUCGAAGUAGAUUUUGGGGUACUCCACUUCCAUUAUGGAUUAGUGAGGAUGGCGUAGAAAUUGAAGUCAUGGAUUCCAUUGAGAAGUUAGAGAGGCUCUCUGGUUCCAAGGUGACUGAUUUGCAUCGUCACAAAAUUGAUCAUCUCACAAUUCAAUCCCGUCGUGGCCCAGAGUUUGGUGUGCUUCGACGUGUGGAGGAUGUAUUUGAUUGCUGGUUUGAGAGUGGGUCCAUGCCAUAUGCAUACAUCCAUUAUCCAUUUGAAAAUGUUGAACUCUUUGAAAAUAACUUUCCUGGUCAUUUUGUGGCUGAGGGGCUGGAUCAGACUCGUGGAUGGUUCUAUACUCUUAUGGUACUGUCUACUGCAUUAUUCGAAAAACCUGCUUUCAGAAACCUCAUAUGUAAUGGACUUGUUUUGGCUGAAGAUGGAAAAAAGAUGAGCAAAAGACUGAAGAACUAUCCUCCUCCAGGAGAAGUAAUUGAUGAAUUUGGUGCUGAUGCUUUGCGAUUGUACAUUAUUAACUCUCCAGUUGUUCGUGCUGAGCCUUUGCGUUUUAAAAAAGAUGGAGUAUAUGGUGUGGUUAAAGAUGUCUUUUUGCCAUGGUAUAAUGCUUACAGAUUCCUUGUACAAAAUGCAAAAAGGCUUGAGGUUGAGGGUCUUGCACCAUUUGCUCCAAUGGAUCAAUGUACUCUCCAGAAUUCUUCUAAUGUUCUCGAUCAGUGGAUCAACUCGGCAACUCUGAGUUUGGUACAUUUUGUUCGGAAAGAAAUGGGUGCUUAUAGACUGUAUACGGUUGUUCCUGAACUCCUGAAAUUUCUGGAUAACCUGACAAACAUCUAUGUGCGGUUCAAUCGGAAGAGACUGAAAGGUCGUACAGGUGAAUUGGAUUGCAGAGUUGCAUUAUCAACUCUUUACCAUGUUCUUCUAACUUCAUGUAAAGCAAUGGCUCCAUUUACACCAUUUUUCACGGAGGUUCUUUAUCAGAAUAUGCGAAAAGUUUGCAAUGGAUCAGAAGAAAGCAUUCAUUAUUGUAGUUUUCCAGAGGUUGAAGGGGAGGGAGGAGAACGCAUUGAAAAAAGUGUUAGCAGGAUGAUGACUAUCAUUGAUCUUGCACGCAACAUUCGUGAACGUCAUAACAAACCUCUCAAGACACCACUCAGGGAGAUGGUGGUGGUGCACCCUGAUGCAGAGUUCCUUGGUGACAUUGCUGGCAAACUAAAAGAGUAUGUGCUUGAGGAACUCAACAUCAAGUCAUUGGUCCCUUGUAAUGAUACUUUGAAGUAUGCUUCUUUACGUGCAGAACCUGAUUUUAGUGUAUUAGGGAAAAGGCUUGGAAAGUCAAUGGGAGUUGUUGCAAAAGAGGUUAAGGCCAUGUCCACGGAUGAUAUAUUGGCUUUUGAAAAGGCUGGAGAAAUAACUAUUGCUACUUUCUCUCUAAAGCUUAGUGAUAUUAAGAUCUCUCGUGGUUUCAGACGUCCUGACAAUAUUAGUGAUAAGGACAUGGAUGCCGCAGGAGAUGGUGAUGUUUUGGUGGUGUUGGAUUUACGUCAGGACGAAUCACUGUUUGAAGCUGGUGUAGCUCGUGAGGUUGUCAAUAGAAUCCAGAAAUUGCGGAAGAAAGCUGGGCUUGAACCUACAGACACUGUUGAAGUAUACUUUGAAUCAUUGGAUGAGGACAAGUCAAUUUCUCAACAAAUUCUUGAGGCUCAGGAGGCAAAUAUCAGGGAUGCGCUUGGGUGUCCUUUGCUACGUUCCACCUUAAUCCCACCACAUGCUGUUAUUCUUGCUGAAGAGAAGUUCUAUGGAAUCUCGACUCUCUCGUUUGCAGUCAGAUUGGCAAGACCAUCUCUAGUAUUUGUCCCGGAUGCCAUUGUCUCUUUAUAUGCAGGAAAUUUGAAGUUUGCGCAAGGUUUACAGGCUUAUUUGUUAAUGAGAGAUCUAUUGAACUUAAAGUCCGAAUUUCAACUUGGAAAUGGGAAGAUUCAAGUCACUUGCAUUGAAAAUCAGCCGCCAGUGGAAGUGGUGCUAAGAGAACACGUCUACUUGAGCGUUGGAGAUUACUUUUUGGGCACAAAAGCUUCACGAUCGAACUGAUUGUUUGUACUGUUUUAUUUUUUUCCCCCAUUCUUCUUUCUUCUUUUUCCCCAUCCUCUUAGUUGUAUGGGUCAGACAAGGAAACCUGGAGGCUGCCAAAGCAAGAUAGAGGUGCCUAAUAUGUGUUAUUGUUUGUAUACGAAAUGAAAUUUUGGAAAGCAAAAUGAAAGAAAUUCUAUAGUUGUAGCAAGACCGCUUUUUUCAUUCUUAAA